AGUGCUGGGAGUACAGGCGUGAGCCACUGCACCCAGCCUGCAUGCUGGUUUUGAAGGACCGUUUGUUUCUCAGGAUCGUGCUAGCUGGCAUGAUUUUGCUGAUGGCUGGCUCCGCCAGCAGACAGUCGAGAGUGAGUUUAGCUCGCUGCUUCGGAAUCUCCGUUUUAACAAGUGCUGGUAUAACGCCAGUUACUGAAAUGCUUCCUACUCCUAUCUUGCUGUGUACUACAAGAGUUUUAUUUUUAUCAGAUGCAUUUUUCAGUCCAGGCGUAACUCCCUUUGCUUCCCCUGGGUCUGAUGGAAACCAGGCCCCAAGGAGGGAGAUGGGAGAGACAGCCCCGCCGGGCACCUGGCCUCUACAGAGACCUGUCCAGGGGUGGGGGUCAGGAAAUGGACUGUUCUCCUAAUUUAUUUCAAACCAGGAGCCCUGACUGUAUGCAUUCUGCCUUACCCCUGCCUCUCCAUAUUUCUGAAUAUUCUUUUCAUGAGCUGGCAGGGACGUUGUAAAUAGUUGAGCUGACCAAGGGCUGGAUUGGAGGUUCCAGCGAAGCCUGCUCUCUGCUGAUGACUUUCCUCCUCACAAUGCGGUUCAGUUGUUUGAGAGCCACCAAACACUGCGUGCUGAGGAAACACCAUCGUUUUUCACACAGGAGCUAGAUAAGCUUUGUUCCCUUUACACUGCAUUUUUUAAAAAGUUUUCUAUCAAAAACACAUAAUCGAAGUUUUCUAAAAGAUAAAACUGCAUGUCACAGAUUAAUCUCAACAUUAUGUUGAGUAAAGGACGCCAAACACUGAAGGCCACACAUCAUAUUUGAAACGUCCAGGGAAGGAAAACUACAGAGACAGCAGAUGGGUUGUUGCCUAAGGGGUGACGGCACGCCCUCACCACAAACGGGGAAGUGCCACUCCCCUUCCAGGGACAACGAGAGGAGCCCUGCUCUGUCAACGCUCUGAAGGUGCUCCGAGUACUGGCAGAAGCCAGCAGCCUCCUUUGCUGAGGAGCUGGUGCUUGUCCAAACGCAGAAGGAAGCUGACACCUCCCACGUGGGGGACAGAAGGGUCCUCUCAUUGGUGCCACCUGCAGAGACAGACAACGCCUGGCCGUCAGAGGACGCUCCGACAGCGACACAAUGACCACUAUAAAAGUCAGGCGGGCCACGGAAGGCAGCAGAAGGCCAGGAGACUCCGCAGCUGUAGGGUAAGAGGAGCUGGCUCCUGAGAUGGAGAAAUUCAAGGCUGCGAUGUUGCUGGGGAGCGUCGGUGAUGCGCUUGGCUACAGAAAUGUCUGCCAGGAGAACAGCGCUGCAGGCAUGAAGAUUCAGGAGGAGCUACACCGUUCCGGGGGCCUGGACCACCUUGUACUCUCGCCGGGAGAAUGGCCUGUGAGUGACAACACCAUCAUGCACAUGGCGACCGCCCAGGCCCUCACCACAGACUACUGGUGCCUGGAUGAUCUGUACCGGGAGAUGGUGAGGUGCUAUGUGGAAAUUGUCGAGAAGCUUCCAGAACGCCGGCCAGACCCAGCUACCAUUGAAGGCUGCGCUCAGCUGAAGCCCAAUAACUACCUCCUCGCCUGGCACACACCGUUCAACGAAAAGGGCUCGGGGUUUGGAGCAGCUACCAAGGCCAUGUGCGUUGGCCUGCGGUACUGGAAGCCCGAGCGGCUGGAGACCCUCAUUGAGGUCAGCGUCGAGUGUGGCCGGAUGACCCACAACCAUCCCACAGGCUUCCUGGGCUCCCUGUGCACGGCCCUGUUUGUGUCAUUCGCCGCACAAGGAAAGCCGCUGGUCCAGUGGGGGAGGGACAUGCUGAGGGCAGUGCCCCUGGCGGAAGAGUACUGCAGGAAGACCAUUCGGCACACGGCAGAAUACCAGGAGCAUUGGUUUUACUUUGAAGCUAAAUGGCAGUUUUAUUUGGAGGAGAGGAAGAUCAGUAAGGACUCAGAAAACAAAGCCAUCUUCCCCGACAAUUAUGACGCAGAAGAGAGGGAAAAGACCUACAGGAAGUGGAGCUCGGAAGGCCGAGGGGGCAGACGAGGCCAUGAUGCCCCCAUGAUAGCCUAUGACGCCCUCCUGGCAGCAGGCAACAGCUGGACUGAGCUGUGUCACCGGGCCAUGUUUCAUGGAGGGGAGAGCGCGGCCACCGGCACCAUUGCAGGCUGCCUGUUCGGGCUGCUGUAUGGCCUGGACCUGGUUCCCAAAGGCUUGUACCAGGACCUGGAGGACAAGCAGAAGCUGCAGGACCUGGGCGCGGCUCUCUACCGCCUGUCCACAGAGGAGAACCCGAAGCGCAGCAAGACCUGCAGUGACGUCAUGUCCGCCGACGCCCAGGCCCUGAAGAAGAAGAUGGGCAAGAUGGCCUGCGACCCGGCCGCCCGCGCCAUCCUGGGCAGCCUGCUGCUCUACGUCACGGGCCGCGCGGACCGGCCCCCGGGGACCGAGGCCGCGGAGAGCAGGGCCGGCCGCCAGCCCCAGCCCCGGCCCCAGCCCCAGCCCCUGCCCCAGGAGGCCGCCCAGCGGCCCACGCGCUUCCAGCUCCUGCAGGCCAAGUUCCUGGGCCCCGGCCGGGAGCGCUGCCUCAAGAGGACCCGGGAGGUGGGCCGGCUGAUCUGCAGGGACAAGCAGGGGCCGGGCAGGGGCGUCGUGGGCGCCACCAUCAACAAGCUCCUGGAGAAGACCAAGGAGCCCGCCCCGAAGCCCCGCCCCAGCGAGAAGCCGCACUGGGGCCACCCGGCCGCGAAGAGCCCCGUGAAGAGCAUCCUCAAGAAGUUCCUGGCCGCCGAGGAGAAGGAGGCGAAGGAGAAAGACGCGCGAGAGAAGCCCCGGGCGGAGCGGCCCAGAGCCCGCGGCCUCCUGCCGAAGGUGGUGGGCAAGAGCUCGGUGCUGGCCAAGCUCCGCGAGAGGUUCGAGCACGCCAGCUGCCUGUGCUCCGAGGCCGGCGCACUGCGGCUGCGCACGGAGGAGCGGAAGAGGCGGAACCUGCAGCGGAAGCGGAUGCACCGGCCGGAAGUGCGCGUGCUGCACACGGCUGCCAUGGCCAGCAGCUGCGUUAGGACGCCCGCCGCCCGCUUCCUGGCCUGCACCGCCGAUCCGCUGCCGGCCCUCAGCGUCGCCACCGUCGUCUGCGGCCCCAGGAGCUGGCUGUCCCACUGCACCAAAAUCAGCCACUCGGAGGCGAGGCGGCUGCCCAGGGCAGAGACCAGCAUGCCCCCCAGUGCCGGGGAAACGGGGCCCAGUGGGAACAAAGCAGCGGGAAAGGGGCCCUUGGAGGAGGAGCCCCAAAGACGGCCGAGCCCCUUGAAGCCCGGGACGCCCCAGGUGACAGCUCGGAGGGACGGCCACGCUGGCCCCUCACUGGCCCCCUCUUGGGCUCCCCGCACAGGCGAAGCCCGUCCUGGCCUGGUGCCUGCAUCAUGCCCACUGGGACCCGCCAGCCUGUGGGGUCCCCCGGCAAAGAGCACUGCAGACGACGUGCAGGAGGUGAGGGGAGCCACAAUCAUGUGGUGUCCUCGUCCCACGGGCGAGGGUGCAGGGGAGGGCCCUGAAAUCACCAUGACUGUUUGCAUCUCGGAAGAUGAAACGGAAGGAACAGGCUUCCCAGACCCUGGGAGAGACCCCGUCUUUGCCACCCAGAAGUAUUUCCCAGAACAGAAGGUGCCAGAACACAUCCCACCCCUGAACACGCCAUCGGUCCAGGCUGCUAGGACAACACAGCCCAGCACGGAGCCUCCACGGAUAACUGUCCAAAUCCCAGUCGUCCACAAAAUGCCUGCCUCUCCCACCACGCUGCAAAAUGCAUCAAGUGGUGAAAACCAAUGUUCUCGUAUUUUUGGAGGAGAGAACGAGGCUGAAAAGGCGCACACAGAAUUUUCUACCGUGACUGAGAACAGAAGGGAUAACCGAGCCCCAGUGGAACCCAGCAAGCCUUCAGGGACACAGGUGAGACUCGGUGCCUCCUCACCACAGGGACCACGAGCAGCUCUGCAUCCGGCAGCGAGAGGAGCUGCAGGCGCCAGCCACCCUGUCUCAGAGAGGGCUCUGGCACAGAGAACCCGGACAGAUCCUGCUGGUGGGAAGGGAAUUCUCAAAGGCAGCUUUGAGAGUUCACAUGGUCCCAGGAAUCCUGAGCAUAUUUCAGGAGAGAGGACCUGUGAGCUCAGAGAUGAGAUGCAUCUGUUACAAGAAUUAAAUGAAGUAUCUGUCCAGAACAAGGGCUCCACAGCAAAUUCUCCCACAGCCUGGCAGAACCGUCUGAGGGGAAACACUGGCCAUGCCUCCAGUGGCCAGCAAGUGCCAUCCCCGACCAGAAGAAAUCCAACAGGUGCCCCCACAUCGCUGGCAGCACCAUCCCAGGAGUAUAUAGGGCCUGGGGGUGUCACCCCGAUGGGCACGAACAUGCCCAUCGCGAGGGAGAAGCACAGCAGGCCACGACUAACAGAGUCCGCCCAGACCCUGAAGGCGGCCGAGGAAAUCACCAGCCAUGAUUUUGGCGAGAACCCACUGUCCUCAUUAAAUGAACGGCCCAAACCUGGUAUCGAAGCUUGUAGGGAGAUGGCAGCUGCAGGGAGUGCUGUGAGCCUUGCCACACAAACACUGGCACCGGGUGGCACCCAGAGCCCUGGAGACCGCACAGUGGGAGAGCCGGAGACGCUGGGCCAGGAGGAAUACAGAAUCUUGUCUGAAAGCCACUCCAGAGGAGAGGCUCUCCCUCGAAACCCCCACAGCCGUGGCUUCCUGGACCCCUGGGGGUCCUCAGAGCCCAAGAGUAGAGCAGCAGGGAGGAGCCUCCUUAGAGGCAUGGCCCUCACCCAGCACACAGAGGACACUGCAGCUCUCACCUGGCACCCAGGGGACGCUGCAGCCCCCACCUGGCACCCAAAGGGCACUGUAGCCCUCACCCAGCACCCAGAGAAUGCUGCAGCCCUCACCCGGCACUCAGAGAAUGCUGCAGCCCUCGCCCGGCACCCAAAGGAUUAUGCAGCCCUCGCCCGGCACCCAGAGGACUCUGCAGCCCUCGCCCGGCACCCAGUGGACUCUGCAGCCCUCGCCCGGCACCCAGAGGUGCCCCGAUUACACAUUUCAAAUGCAUCAGCAGCCACGGGAGACAGAAAGGAUGUGACUGUGGAAGAAAGCCUUCUGGGUAAAGGCACAAAGUCUGGAACUCCUGCUUCCGAUCAUCCCAGAACACAGGCAGGGAGUGUGGCAGGGUCCCCCAGCCAUGGCCCUGGCUGCCCACCAUCGCCUUCUGAGAACCCACAGGGAAAGGGCAGAGAGGGCAUUGACUCUCCCCGUGGGGCAGAGCCUGACCAUCUGCUUCCUGUUGUGCCUCCUGCAGAGGCGGACACGGGGUGGUUGGGUGGCACCCACCAGCGGGACCCUUCCCAUGUACAGGCACCCCUGCCCCCUACUGCUGUUGACACACAGGCAACACUCUGGGCCAGUGUUUCCGAGCCCAGGACCCAGGCAGGUGAAGCCCAGAAACAUCCCCCAACCCAGGCAGGUGAAACCCAGAAGUGUUCCCCGACCCAGCAGGGUGAAUCUCAGAAGCGUCCCCCGACCCAGGCAGACCUGGGGAGGCAACAGAGUUGCCAGGUGCAGGAGGAGGCCCCUGAGCCCAGUGAUGCAGGGAAGAGCGGGGCGCCUUUGGGCCUGAAGGUUGUGCUGACCGCAGCAAAAGAGCCUCAGACACAGUGGGCGCAGGAUCUGGGUGGGGACAAAGGGAUGGCCAUUGGGGUUGGGGGUGCCUGCCAGCACAGUGACCAAGGUCAGCAGCGUCCACGGGGACUCUGGGAGGAGCAGGGGAGGAGAGCAGUGCAGGGAGAGGGCACCAGGACUGCCAAGAACCCAGCCGCACCUCCAGGGGACCCCAAGGGGCCGGGAAGCCUGGCGGCCCAGGGGCAGGCCCAGAAACAGGCUCAGGAAAAGGCCCAGGGACAGCCCCAGAGGCAGAUCCAGAGAGAGGCCCCGGGACAGCCCCAGGGGCAGAUCAAGAGAGAGGCCCCGGGACAGCCCCAGGGGCAGAUCCAGAGAGAGGCCCAGGGACAGCCCCAGGGGCAGAUCCAGAGAGAGGCCCAGGGACAGCCCCAGGGGCAGAUCCAGAGAGAGGCCCAGGGACAGCCCCAGGGGCAGAUCCAGAGAGAGGCCCAGGGACAGCCCCAGGGGCAGAUCCAGAGAGAGGCCCAGGGACAGGCCUUGGCCUGUGGGAUGGUGCCUUGGGCCUGGGAGCAGCCCGUUAGUGGCACAGCUGAGCUAGUGGCCACUGCUGGAAGGAGUGGAGGGUCUGGAAGCCCAGCCCCCAGGGACAAUGGACAGUGGAGGGGCAGUGGACUGGGGGAGCCUGGUGCCCAGCACCCACCCCCAAGAAGCCACCCCCUCGGGGGCAAGAGCAUUGCCACCUCUCCCCUGGGCCUGAGAAAGAGCCCAGCUGAGCACACGCCUGAGGCUGGGAGCUGGGGAACUCCCCAGGCCCCGACCCAGGAGGGGCCCCCAGGCCACCCCAGGGCGAAGAGGGACCUGCAGGAUGCAAUGGAGGCAUCAGAGCCUGAAUGUCUCAAGAGGUCCACGCGUCUGGCCAAGUACAAAGCCCAAAGCUUCAGUGACCAGAGGGCCUUCGAUUUGUCCUUCAGACCAAUGAGCCUCAGGGCCAGUGACACCUUUGAGCUCCCAAAGUGAGGCCCGAGUCCAAGCCGUGGUGCCCAGUACUUCGGCAUCCGCCCAUUGGGGCCUUCAGGUGUUGUCUUGCCUCCAAAUUCGUUCUGGAGCGUCCCCUACAGAGACACCUGUUUCCAUCAUUUUCUUUCCCUUUUUCGCAAGCUGACCUUGGGAGGACUGAGCUACAAGUGGGUGGGGUCCGUGUCGCCCCACAGAUUCCCAAGGCUGCUGGGGUGAGAGGUCUGGGUCUUCAGCCUCACAGGCCCUGAGGGUUCUUUGCUUCUUCACCUGAGGGCGCCAACUCACCCCUCUCAGCCUGCGACGAGGAGCUCACACCUCCCUCAGUGGCACAGUGUAUGUGUCCCCCUCAACCUGCAGGACGCUGGCACUUUGGGAUGCCUCCCACCCGUCCCUGCCCAAGCCCCGCCAU